AUGUUAAAAACUGCGAUUAUCGUUAGUGUUAUUGGCAUUGGAUUGUAUUAUUUCUUCAUUCCUUUCGCUACAGGUAGUUGUGAGUAUUAUGGUAAAGAAAGGUUAGAUGGCAAGACCGUCAUUGUAACCGGUGCUAAUACUGGCAUUGGUAAAACGGCGGCGGCCGAUUUAGCCCAACGAGGUGCUCGAGUUAUUUGUGCUUGUAGGUCCAUGGAACGUUGUAAUGCUGCUGUAGCUGACAUCAAAAGAGAAACCAACAACGUGCAAGUUGUUGCUGCAAAAUUAGAUUUAGGUUCAAUGAAAUCAAUACGAGAAUUUGCACAGAUGUUUAAAAAUACUGAAAAGCGUUUGGACAUUCUGAUUAAUAACGCUGGCAUAGGGUGCAGAAACGUCGAUAAGAAAACUGAAGAUGGAUUCGAAGACAGAAUGGGUGUUAACCACCUUGGACACUUUUUAUUAACAAACCUAUUACUAGAUAUGUUAAAGCAGUCACAGCCUAGUCGAAUUGUAUGUCUUACAUCUCUUAUUCACUGGACGACAACAGAUCUCGAUUUUGACAAUUUAGCCAACCAUACAUCUACUAGUUCAUGCGAUAAUUACAGCCGUAGUAAAAUAGCUAAUAUAUUAUUUGUACUGGAAUUAAGUAAACGAUUGAAAGGGACAGGUGUUACCGCCAAUGCCGUUCAUCCUGGUUUAGUUCAAACAGAAACACUUCGAUCAGCUCGUGAAAGUGAGGGUUUCCUUGCUACCAGUUAUACAAAAUUUAUGGAAGUGGUAUUUUUGUUAGUCGGCAAUGAUGCUCGGCGAGGCGCACAAACUACUGUUUACGCCGCAGUAGAUCCAUCGCUGGAGAAUGUUAGUGGUCAAUUCCUGGCUAGGUGUAAAAUCGAUACUCCAUCGCCUUAUGCAAGAGAUGAAGCUGUUGCCAAGAAAUUAUACGAUAUGAGUUUAAAACUUGUAAACUUAUAG